GCUUGUUUUUCGACAUCGGGCGUGACAGCUCCAUUUUUACCCAAACCUAAUAACUGCCUUUACUUAAGACGGGUUUGCAAGAUUACUUGUAUUAUUAAACCAAUACAAUAUAAGCGUUACACCCCAAAAAAGUACAUAAAGCUAAGUUCUACGUGAAGGUCACUGUUUCCUCACCGCCAUUCUGGUCUCCGUUGCGUGCAAAACAAACGCACCCUUAAUCGGAGACCAAGCCCUCCUCAGCGAGCGAAGAAGGAGGAAUAAAAAGACGACAACAACACGUUCUCUUCAAAAUUAACAUCAAACAAUCGAAUUUAGCCUUCUUCUCGUCGAGAGACACUCUCCAGGGCCAUGAUGAAGAGGUGGCGGCAGGUGGCUUUUGCGUCGUUCCUUCUCGUUUGUCUCCUCAGCACUCAGUCCACAUGGGCCAAGAGAGGGGGCAGCAGCAGCAGCAGAUCGUCAUCCUCCGGCAGUCGGGGCGGGUCGCAGUCCAAGCCGUCCAGCACUAAUCAAGGAAGCUCUUCCAACCGGAACACCAAUCCGUACCCGUCCGGUGGAAGCUACCCGGGGGCGGGCACCAGAAACACGGGAGGAGGGUCUCCCAGACAGAACCCAGCCAGUAACCCGGGCGCCGGUAGUUAUCCCAACCAAUCUCCCGGGCGGACCAAUCCUGGGGGUUACCCGAACCAGAACCCCGCGGGGGGUUAUCCGAACCGCAACCCUGCGGGGGGUUAUCCAAACCAGAACCCUGCGGGGGGUUAUCCGAACCAGAACCCUGCGGGGGGUUACCCGAACCGCAACCCUGCGGGGGGUUAUCCGAACCAGAACCCUGCGGGGGGAUAUCCAGCUGCCGGGGGAUACCCCAACCAGUACCCUGGAAGAGGUAACCAGUAUCCCCAAGGUGGAGGCUACCCGGGAGGAGGCAGCUACCCAGGAAGAGGGGGUACCAACCAAGGCUAUCCGGCUGCUGGAGGUUAUCCCAACCAGUACCCUGGAAGGUAUAAUCCGAAUCCAGCUGGUGGUGGUUACCCGGCCGGAGGGGGAUACCCGAACAGGGGCGGCUACCCAGCUGCCGGGGGAUACCCGGCUGCGGGUGGGCAAGGUUGGGGCUACCCUCAAGGAAACCCCAAUAAUAAGAUCCUGAGUCCUCACAUCGGCGGGGGUGCGUACGGCUACGGCGGUCGCGGCAUGGGAGGGUCCCCGUUCUCCCAUUCCGUCCAGCAGAUGGGCUACAAACCCAAAUCCAGCGGCUUCGCCAAGAAAGCCAUCAUGGCCGCCGGCGUCGGCGCCGUCGCCGGUAUGGCCGUCGGUUACGGACUCGGCCGCUUCCCUCGACCGCACUUCAACUUCCGCAACCCGGAAGAGGAGUCGUACUACAACAACUACAUGUACCGCCGCUACGGCUCCCGCUCCACCGACGAGAAGGACUUCGGCCGCGACUACGAGUACAAGCUGCCCCCGCGGGCGGAGACCUACGAGGCCUUCAUGGGGAAAUGCAUGAACAGGACGGACCUCCUGAAGGACCAGGGCAAAGGCGAGCCGUCGGCGGACGACGACACGGUGAGCAUCGAGGAGAUCGGCUACCCGUCCCUGGUGGAGCAGAUGAAGGCGCGGCGCUGCGUGGAGGAGUACAUGGUCUACUCCGAGCGCUUCCUGCAGGAGCGCAAAGCCGAGCGCCAAGCCCGGGGUCGCUGCAGUCCUCUCAGCUUCGGGGUGGCCCAGCUCUUCCCGUCCCUGCUGAUGCUCCUCUCCAGCCUGCUGCUGCUCCAGUAAGGACUUUCCAAGUCCUCCGUUUCAAGUCCGGCUGCACGUGUACAUGACGGUCUUGCUGAAUGUGGCUCAUAUUUUAGUCCCUGAUCCAUACUAACGUGCUUACACACGCUUUUAUACACGCAGGUCCCAAACUAAACCUUUUUGAUUUGCACUUCCAAUUGUUGAGCACUGAAUACGUCAAAAUAUGUUAAUAUAUUUGUAUCGUUAUGACCUCCGCGCCCCAAGUCUGCGACAGCUGUGUCAAAUCACGAUAUUGUAAUCGGAGCUCGUACAGCUUUUGCAUGGCAUUACAUCGCAAUUGUGGAUGAACGUUACAAGAAAAGAAAAAAUAGGUUACGUUUAUUGUAAGAAUAAAAAAGAAUAAAGUUGUAAUUUUACCCCCAGCAAAGUCAGAUUUUUAUGUGAAAAAAAAUAAAGUGGAGGGGAAAAAAAAGGAAAAUGUCAUCAUUUCACCAGAAUAAAAUUGUAACAAUAGUAUUUUAUAACAAAAAAAUUGUUCUAGGAACAAAAUUGUAAUAGUAAAAUACUAUUACAAUUUUAUUCUGGUGAAAUUAUGACGUUUUCCACUUUCUUUUUUUCCAUAAGGGUACAAUUACAACUUUUUUCAUAUUAUUUAUGUCAUAAUUUCAAUAGAUUAAAAUUGUAAUAAUAGUAUUUUAUUAUUAAAAUGUGGUUCCUCAAAUUUAUUUUAUAAUAAUAUACUAUUGUUACAGUUUUAUUCUGGUGAAAUGACGUUUUCCACUUUUUUCCCCCAUAAAAAUCUGACUUUUUUUAAGGGUACAAUUACAACUUUUUUCAUGUCAUUUAUGUCAUUAUUUCAAUAUAUUAAAAUUGUAAUAAUAGUAUUUCCUUAUUAAAAUGUGGUACCUCAAUUUUUUUUUUAAAUAAAAUACUAUUGUUACAGUUUUAUUCUUGUGAAAUUAUGACGUUUUCCACAUUCUUUUUUUUCCAUAAAAAUCUGACUUUUUUAAGGGUACAAUUACAAAUGUUUUCACAUCAUUUAUGUCAUAAUUUCAAUAUAUUAAAAUUGAAAUAAUAGUAUUUUAUUGUUAAAAUGUGGUUCUCCAAAUUUUUUUUAUAAUAACAUACUAUUGUU